CGUUUUCUGCCCUCAGACCAGUGCGAGACUUGAACCGAAACGCUUCGUUGUUGCUUGUCGCGGUCGCGAAAAUAGUGCUCCUUUGGUGUGGUGAUUGUGACUUGUCAGCGGAUUUUUCAUCUCGAGCUGCUGCCUGAAAGAAAAACGUCACCGUGAAAAUCGGAAACUCGCGAAUCCGUGUUUUCCGGCGGUGGUCAUCUGUGUGUGAAAUUCGUGGAUUUGCCACAGGCGGAAGAACAGAACGACGGCUGUAAAGAAAAAGCGGAGGAUUUUGCUCUCUCACGCUGCUGGUGCGGUCUUGGUACGGCGGCAGUGACGGACGAGACGUGCGAGUUUUGAGACUUUUUCGAGAGUGCGGCGGUGUGUUCUCAAGGUCUUCGAAUUUUCAGGUGUGUGGAAGCCAUUUUUUGACAGAAGGAAGUUUUUUUUUUCGCUCACGCCGAUCGGAACGGAUUUUGUGUCCCGAUUCCCCGAUUGCCGAUUGUGGUGGACGUCAUCAAGAAAAAUCGGAUCGGAAAAGCUGCAGUGCGGAUGAUUUGCAGGCAUAGCGCAAGAAGAAGAGCCUCUCGGCGAUGACGGUGUGGUGGUGCCGAUGAUGAUUGCGGCGAUGAUUGAGGAGAAGGACCGUCCGAAGCGGAAAGGCGAAUAAAGAAGAGCCAAACACAGUGGAAGAGCAGCAGGCAAAAUUGGAUUUUCGUCCGGCGGUUUCGGUCCGGUGUUGUGUGAACAAGUGUGCGUUGGAUAAGGUUUUUUCCCUUCUUGGUAAAUCGACCGAUUCCCGAUUCUAUUCUGCUGGCGAGUGUUGUUCUUGCUGUUUGCCGUGUGCCGGACGGACGGUGGUCAAAAAUUGCGUGAGAUUGUGUUGGUGAUUCAUGGUCUGCUGGCCGAUAGAAGAAGAAAAUACUUCGCCGGAGAUGUGUUUUGACGACGACCCGAGCAAAAACUAGUGGAUUAUUUACUUUCUGUGCGGUGAACGAACGAACGAACGGAUUGAUACUUCCCGGAACACUUACGUCAGGUGGAUAAGAUACGAAGUGUGUGAUUGACAAGGUUCUUCAUAAUCAGUUAAUGUUCGAUCCAGCUAAGUGUUAGUUGUGUGACAUCUGGAAGUAAUCAUGCGAAAAGUGAAGAAAUUUGAUCGUCCUGGUCUACCGGUUCUUUCCACCGGUAGCCAUCCCCAUCCUGCCAGUAGUGAUGAAGUUAUUUCGAUUCGAAGCUAAAAGUUGUGAGUGACCUGUGUCCAAUCAGUAGCGAGUGAUUGUGGAGUGAUCCAAUUAUCAAAGUGUAGCGCAAGGUGACGCUUUCUUGGCAAAUUUAAGCUGCCAUUCAUACGACGAAGCCAAUAGUGGAAUAGAAAAUUGCGAAGUGAAGUUUCAAACGCUCUCCCUUUUUUUCGAAAGCGAUAUAUAAUUUGAUACGUGAAGAGAAGAAGCAGAAGAAGAAAAUGGAAUCGUUUUACGCCGGAUCGUCACCUUCCUCUUCCAGGGGUAGUGGAAGCAGCGGGGGUAGUGGUCGCAGACCAUCUUCUUCGGGUGAUCAGCAUGGAGCCGGAGGCAGUAGCAGCAGCAGUCAUAUAACCCUGGAGCGGCUCAAAGAAAAAGGCAAAAAGUUAGCGUCGGCUCACGUUCAGCGGGAGUUGGCCGUCACGGGACAAUCGGAAGCUCUGGAACUGCUGCUGGAUGAGUUCUUGUCGCCGAUUCGGCCGAUUGCCGACGCCGACAGUAUCGAGUGGUGCAAGUGGUUGAUUGCCGGCGGUCGAACACCCGGCGAGUUUGCUUCAAUAGUGCGGGGCUACGACAACCAUGCCAAGUGCGGUCUGGUCUGGAUUCCGCAUGUCGUCGCCUACCGGUGUCGGACCUGUGGCAUCUCGCCGUGCAUGUCCAUCUGUCGGGAUUGCUUCAAGCGGGGCAACCACACGGAUCACGAUUUCAACAUGUUCCUCUCGCUGGCCGGCGGAGCGUGCGACUGUGGCGAUACCUCCGUAAUGAAGGCGGAAGGUUUCUGCAGCGAUCACGGGAUCAACAACUGUCAGAACAAAUCGCCGGUCCCAGAUGACCUGAUGGUGGUGGCGGAAGCCAUGAUGCCACGAUUGCUGCUGCGGCUGCUGCUGCACUUCCGUGACAACAAUGCCAAAAACCACAACUCGACGGUCUACAGCCGGACGGCCAAAUACUGUGAUGACUACUGUAGUAUGCUGAUGGAGUUCAACAACAUGGGCGAACUGAUGCGGCGGGUGAUGACCAAAGCGCUAAUAGACGAGCAAACCUACCGGAAGCUGGUGGAACCUCCGUUUCCGCAAAAUUCCUACGGAAAUUUUCUCGAAUACGGCCGGCGGAAGUACGAGGAAGCGGUACGGUUGUUUCCCUCGCCGGAACCACCCGACGAAUACAAACACCUGCCCGCGCUGGGCCAAACGAUCGUUCACAAAACCCUCCUCGAAGAGUUCAUCUUUUGGACGUUCAAGUACGAGUUCCCGCAGAAUAUUGUGUGCUUCCUGCUGAACAUGCUGCCCGAUCAAGACUAUAAGGAGCACCUAACCCGCACCUUCGUCAUGCACUACUGCCGGAUACCGAGCGUGCUGGAGAUGUCCAACGAUCCGGACACGCUGAGCAACCGGGUGGUCCACAUGAGCGUCCAGCUGUUCUCGAACGAAAGCCUUGCUCUGAAAAUGGUCGAAGAGCUCAGCCUGCUGCACGUGAUGAUCAUCAGCCUGAAGCAGAUGAUGUCAAAGAUCCUGAUCGCGAACACGUUGCAUGAUCCAUCGCGGAACUUCCACUACGUGAUCGACUGCGCAAAGCGGGUGAUGAAGGAUCACUGCUACUGGCCGCUGGCGUCCGACUUUAACAAUGUGUUGUCGCACGAAUCAGUCGCGCUGGUGUUCCUCAAGGAUGACAACCUGAUCGACAUGUGGUUCCAGUUUCUGUCGAUGUUGCAAGGCAUGAACGUAAACAUCCGGGAAACGGGCAGCCAUGUGGAGUUCGAACCAAGUUCCUACUAUGCGGCCUUCAGCUGCGAACUCGAGGCCAGCGCCUAUCCGAUGUGGUCGAUAAUUUCGCACCUCAAGGAUCCCUCGCAUGCCCCGCUGGCCAAGAAGAUCAUGCUGUUCUGCGUGAACUACCUGCAGGACUGGCUGGACGCGGUGAACUUCUACCAGCAUCCGAAGUUCAAUAAGGAGGAGCUGUAUCGAGCAUCGUUUCAUUAUCCGCUGCAUCGCUAUCUCGCAGCGUUCAUCUGCCAAGGUGUGAAGAAGAUGGGUAUGUCGCUGAGCGAUAUCCUCCCGUCGGCGGAGCUGCUGCCGAAACUGAUGAUGCAUCCACUGCGAGUUCAGAGUCUCUUCUACGAGAUCCUCUCGGGCAUCUGGGUGCGCAACGGGCUCCAGAUCAAGGGCCAAGCCAUGACCUACCUGCAGGCCAACUUCUGCAACUCGAUGGUCGACAUGGAUCUGUUCUUUCUGCAGAUCUGUGCCACCCAACUGCCGGCCAAUAUGUUCCUCACCGAUUGCAUCGCGAUCUUCGGCGUAUCCGAGUGGCUGGGGAUGGGCGUACUCAGCGCCCCUCAAGAGAUGGAACAGGACUCGAUGCUGGAGGGGCUGCUGACGUUCCUUGCGACACUGAUCACAUCGCGGGUCAAUCUGGGGAACGACGAAACGACGCAGUGUAUUAUUGAGAUUAGUGCAUUGCUGGCCACCGGGGACAAGACGCACAGCCAGCUGCUGGAACUGAUGCCGGAGCGCUCGCUGAACGCUCACACGAGGAACUUCGAGCGGUUUCUGAAGGAUCUCUCGGUUUAUCGGCCGCCUCCGGUGAAUUCGGAAAAUCUGGAACAGGGUUUGUUUAUGCCGGUGGCCCUGGUGUGGGAAAAGUAUUACGAUCCGUUGCAUGUGUUGCUGCGGGCGGUGCACAGGCGGGACUUCCAGAACUCGAUGGAUCGGUUUAGUGGGUACGUGAAGGGCGAAGGUAAGAUGCCGAGGAGUGGGAGUCUGUGGCCGCCGUUCCGGCUGCCGAGUUCGUGCGGGAAGGUGUACAGUGAUCCGAGGAGUAUUCUGAGUUCGCGGGUUCUGCACGCAACGAUCUUGGCGAUCUUCUACCGGGCCGUGCAUACGCAUAGCGUUUCGGAGCACAUGUUGGCGCUGGCGGUGUUUCUGCUGGAAAUGGCUGUGAGCAAUAGCGAGAGUAACAAGGAUUGCGGGAACGAAUUGGAGCGAGGUGUGGGUUCAGGGACUGGGAACGGACGGAGGUCGUCCGAGGAGAGUAGAGAUGCGGUGCCGGAGCUGUUGAACUGCUAUCCGAGUAAUUGUUUGACGGAUAAUCUGAAGAUGACGAUCAAGCGGAUAUCGCUGAUACCGGGAGAACCACAGGUUAUGCCGGCAAACUAUCAGAAUCAGAGCGCGGGAACGCCCACGUUCGACAGCGACGUGGAAUGGGAACUGUCGGAAAGUGAAACGCUACCGAUGUUGGUCGGUAGCGUUGAUAACGAAUACGGAACGCACAUGAAUAGUGGCGGGGAGGUGGCGAUUCCGCAGGAUUUGUCCGUGGUGCGGGGAAGCUCCCUGGCAAGGCGGAUGGAUGACGACGAUGACGAUGAGAUGUCUCAUAUGAUAGUGGACCCCAUUCCACCGUUAAAUCUGCGGCAGGCGUUGACUCUUCCGGAGUACCAUAACAACAACAACGAGAGUAAUAACGCAGUUAUAAAUUCCGGGACGGUGGCCGUCCCUCGGGUGACGAGCGAGAUCUAUAACGAAAGUAGCAUGGAGUUGGUGAUUCGACAUGACUUCCCCGUUGCGCCGAACCAAUCUUUGACAGCCAACGACACCAAUCGGACGACCACUCCGGAUACAACCAUGUUCUCAUCGUCGGUUCCCUCGAACCCAGGGCUGAUGCUACCCUUCAAUCGUGUUCAACCGGUUACAGUUCCUAGCAGACCGCAGCUUCCGGCGCCGCCCAGUGCCAGUACCGUGGUCAACGCAGUUAGCCCCUCGUCCACCAAUACGAGUGGAGGCAGUUCCCAACUAGUCCAUCAAAUGGCCGGCAGUCGACCCCGGCACAAACGGCGUAACAUCGAAGCCUCGAGAGAUUCCACCCACGAAGCGGACACCGUACUGAUCGAGGAAAGUAUUCUGUCGCUUCUGCUGAAGCUUCACUCGCAACUGAGCGGGGCGUUGGACAGCUUCUCGCUGGAAGACGAUGACGCUUCCACGGAGGAUCAUGGCGAUGACGAACGAAUGGACCAGGACGAAGACUCUUGCUCCUCAUCUAGUCAACAGCGGCGCAUCAAAGUGUCCGAAUCGCGUAUCGGAGACGGGCCGUAUUUCAUCGGGAACCUGCUGCGGAGGAUCGCCCGGCUGGACGCCAGCUGCGCCCGGAAGAUCGACGACAUCCGCCACGCCCUGUGGCCGAACCAAAGAGAACGUCAGGCGGAACAGAAAGCACGUGAGGCUAAGGAACGUGAGGAGCGGAGCAAGCGGGCCAAGGAACGCCAGAAGAAGCUGAUGGAGGAGUUUGCGAAUCGGCAGAAGGCUUUCAUGGAGCAGGCGGCAGCCGCCAAUAUGGAUUGCUUCGAAGGGGACGAGGAGGACGAGGAAGAGAUGAUCGAGAUGCCACGGGAGAAGGAGUACGACUGUAUCAUUUGCAAUACAACCGGUCCGAGUACGGAGUCGAAUCCGAUCGGGUUGGUAGUGUUGGUUGAAUCCAGCAGUAUUGUGGGCCACCGGCGGAAGGAGAACGACCCCUGUCCCUUGCCAUUGAAUGAGGAUGAUAAGGCGCGACUGGAACGGAACGUUAAGAUGUCCAAUGAGUUCAACAAACGGGUUGAUCUACUGCAGUGGAAGUUCGGAUCGACGUCGUGGUUCCUGUCUCACAACAUCGGAUGGGAAGGCGGAGUUCAUGUGCAGUCCUGUGGCCACCAUGUCCACCUCACAUGUCAGGAUUCAUAUCUGAAAUCACUACACACUUCGGCACGGCCACAGAACCUCAACGUUGAACGUGGAGAGUUCUUCUGCCCGGUAUGCCGACAGCUGGCCAACUCGGUCCUACCUCUCAGUCCUUGCCUGGACCGGCCGACUCCGCUGAUCCGAACACCUGCCCCACCGUACCCCAGUCUAGUCAACGACCUGAUGAACCUCAUCAAGGAGAACAAACGCCCUCCGACGACCACCAAAUUCUACGAGGCCAUGGGCCGAGCCAUGGAGAACAUGACCAGCUGCACCCAGCGGAACAUCAAGAAGCAUCCGGUCACCCUGCACAGCCUGUUCUCCUUCGUCAUCUCAAUCGCCCGGAUCAACCUCGAAUCGGAGGUGAUACAACGGGGUGGUUCCCUCUGCACCCAGCGGGAUCUCCGCUACAAACCGAAGCGGGACUGCAUCGUUCCCCUACUGCAUGUCCUGUCCCUGCACGUCCGACUGAUGAUCAACGACGAUUCGCCCGUCCGGCUGAAAGUCGGCGAAGACUGGCCCGCGUGGCACUCGUGGGCGAUUCUGUGCGGGCUGGCACUGGCACGGCAACACGACGACGCCGCAACGGAAGGAUCGUCGGCUUCGGCCUCGAUGGCCGGUGCCGUGGGAGCUUCGCUGGGUUUUCCUAGUAGUGCUGCCGCCGCCGGUUCGGAAUCGGAGGAUGGCAAUUCAACGGCCACCACGUCGGCUCCAAGUUAUGGUAAUAAUGAAGCCAUUCCGGCGCUGUUGAACGAUCCGUGUGCGUUGAUGCUGAAGUUCAUCCUGCUGGCGCCGCUGCAUCUGGAUCAAGCAUACUUCACUUGCAUCGUAAAAGUGAUGUACAACCUGCUCUACUACCAAAUCGUGCUGCAGCUGUGCACGCACCUAACGGACGACCAAUGCGAGUCCCUGGUGGAACAAUACUCCAGUAACCUCCACGUGCGCGAAAAAGGCGUCCGCAGCAUCGGUGCCGCCAUGGCUUUCGUCCUAAACAACCUGGAACGCUGCCGGUACAUCCGUUCCGACAGUGUCCUCAUGACGGACCACUCCUCCUCCUUGGGAUCGAUGAUGGACCAAUCGGAAAGCAGCAGCAAACCAUCCACACCGAACGGUGCCACUUCCUCCGGUAGCGGACACCUGGACCUAGCCAUGCUGGAAAAACACCUCCAGCGACUGUGUUUGCCGUUCCUCCGGGUGGCAGCCCUGCUCCGUCACCACAUCUACCACGCCGAGAUUCCGGAAAUCCCUGGCCCCCAGUGGGAGUUCAGUCGACUGGUGUACUACCUGGAACUGGUCACCGUCAGCAUGGAUCUGGACAAGUUCAACGCCAGCAAGGCGUUGUGCUUCCUGCCCGGAACGGAACUGGCGCUGCCCAAGUUCUGGUGCGACCAGCUGAGGGAGAUUCGACCAACGUACGAAUCCACUCGGUCGCUGAUCGUUAGUCAGCAUAUCGAGUGGAAGCAACCGCGGCUGCUGGGGUUGCCACGGGAGUAUGAGCGGUUGUUUACGCAUUACCACGAACAACCCUGUCCCAAGUGCCAGAACGUGCCGAAGGAGAGCUCGAUUUGUUUGCUGUGCGGUACGAUCGUGUGUCUGAAACAGGCCUGCUGUAAGGAACAGGAGUGCUGUGAAGCUGUGAGGCAUUCGAUCAGCUGUGGCGGAGGAACCGGAAUCUUCCUGGUGGUGACGUCGACGUACAUCAUCAUCAUCCGAGGGCGACGGGCGUGUCUGUGGGGUUCGCUCUAUUUGGACGACUACGAUGAGGAGGAUCGCGACUUGAAACGUGGCAAACCGCUCUACCUGAGCGAGGAUCGCUUCAACCUGCUGGAGUCGCAGUGGCUGUCGCACCGAUUUGCUCACACCAAACACACCUGGGUGUGGCACCGGGAUUCGCUAUAAGAUCUGGAUCUUGAUUAGUUUGUUUUCCAUCCAGAAUGGAUGGCUGGCGCAGUAGGUAGGUAUGUUUGACUCUGUUUGUGUUGCGUCUCUGUUACUAUGAGUGUUAAAAAGUGUGUUUAAAACACACAACGUGUGAGCAGGAACGAGCAAAUCGCGGAAGUGUUAUUUAAACUCUGUAAAUUGAUAAGGCGAAUAAUGUUAGAUAAGUGUGAAACAAAUUACUACCCAACAAUACUAUUGAAACCAUUACACAACAAACCCCUUUUCUGGAAAACCGUUUCUCCUGCUUUGUGAUACUUGUAACUGUUAUCGAUAUCGGUAGGCUUACGUCAGUAACUAUAUUAAUAGCCUGGAACAAAUCUCCCCUCAUAUUAUUAAAUAAUGUAAUUACUACUCUUACUAGGCGAUGAAAUCAAACUGUGUAAACUAGGUUACAAUAACACCUAUAUAAGCGCCGUAUGUAAAUGCAUACAUAAAACAUAUGUAACAACCAAUAUAUUUGUUCGAAAACGUUUAAACCACA